GGAGCGAUUCGAUCAGCUGACGAUCUCACCGAAAAGAACACCAAAGUUUUCAUGUUUUGUGAAUCAGCUCACAUGUGAUAGAACGAAAGGAGAGAAUCAUGGUGUCGAGUCACGAGAGCUCUGAAGAGGAUGACGAACGAGCACUCCAUUACGAGAGGCUCCCAUAUGACGCUCAGAUCGUACUCGAUACAGAAGUGGGGUCCUGCAUUGCUGUCCACGACAAAUUCAUCCUUGUUGGCACCCUGACGGGGUCGAUCCACAUACUCGACCACCAAGGCAACAAAACCAAAACCCUAACGAGUCACGAGACGCCAGUGUGCCAUAUAUCUGUCGACGCUAAAGGGGAAUACAUGGCAUCCUGCUCCGAGAACGGUUCAGUUUUCGUUCACGGAACCGCUUCUCAAGACAACAAUAUCGCGUUCUCUUUCGAAGAGCUCGUUCAUUUCUGCUGUUUAAACCCACGUUUCGCGACCGACAGUAAACGUUCUUUCAUAAUCGGCACAGACAAGCUAAUGUAUUAUCAGAAGAACUUCUUCAACAAGUAUCGGAUGUCGGUGAUUUUUAGAGGUGAAGGGCCCAUCAGGACUUGCUCGUGGCAGAACCGUUUCGCUGCCUUCGCGACGGACUUAUCGGUGAUCGUGUUCGACAUGUCGAUGUGUGCCGUACUUUGCAAGUUCAGGAGGGACCAGGACCCAUCUCUCGCACCUGAGCUCUACCCGUGUCAUAUGGCCUGGAUGACUGAUCGUCAGUUACUGGUUGGUUGGGCCGACAGGAUCAACAUGUGCAAUAUCAAAGAAAAGAUGCGUCGGACACACUCUUCACCGACGAGCUUCUACCUGGAGAUCUCUUCGAUCUUCACAACCGACGAUAUCUAUGUCUGUGGCCUCGCCCCGUGUGGCUCAAACAUUGCCAUACUCGGCACAGAAAAAAUGGAUGGGAGAGACAAUACAUCGCACAUGCUGUUCCAAUUGUUGGAGCCUCACAACAAAUAUUGCACUCAGCUAUCUUCGGAUCGGAUACCUCUGAAGAUGACAUCGAAAUUGAGAACGGAUUUCUCCCUGAGCUGUUUGACGUCAGAACAGAGGUGGUUCAUCCUCAGCCCCUCGGAGCUCGUCGUGGCGAGGCCGGCUGAUAGAGACGACCACAUCGACCGACUCAUAGGAAACGAGAUGUAUGAAGAGGCCAUGCAGGUCAUGGUCAACUGUAGCUCCGAGAUCAAGCGACAUAGUCUCCUGGUCGUUGGGAAAUACUACCUCAAUCAUUUGCUUGACACAGAGAAAUACGACCAGGUUGGGCCCCUCUGCCAGAAGAUCUUCGGAUCACAAUCAGCUUUAUGGGAGGAAUUGAUCUUCAACUUGGCCACACGGAAGAAAUGUCACAUCAUCGUCAACUAUAUCCCUCAGCGAAAGGACAAGAAGCUGAAUCUUCAAAGCUAUGAAAUCAUGCUGAACGAGUACAUCCAGAUCCUACCCGCGCAACUUCCUGCGAUGGUCAAGCGAUGGAAAGGACUCUACGAUCCUCGAAUCGUUCAUGGAGCGAUUGAGGAGCGUCUGAAGUACGCACCUGAUGAGAGAUUGGAGGAAGCCGUGGGAUUGCUCUUGAUGUAUCAAGAGCGAUACGCCGAAGCUCUGAAUAUUUUCAUCUCCAUCCGAGCGGCUAAAUGGGUGCACGAGCUUCUUCGCGAUCACUUCGAUAUUCUCAAAGACGACAUUUUCAAACGGAUACUGGAGCUUAUGGAUAUCGAUUACAAGGAAGCUUCGAAUUUCUUCGCGAAGCACGACUAUUACGAUGUGAAGGAGGUGAGCCGGCGAUUGAAUGACCGUAGGGAAUAUCUUCUCGAAUACUUACGCUGCAAGUUCGCGAGAAAGCCGCGGGCCCUCGACGAAGGCGACCACGGACAACUUGUGGAAUACUUCGCAAGGCACGACCCGGACUCUCUGCUACCAUUUCUGAGGAAGUCGAACAAGUUCCCUUUGGAGAGGGCCCUGCACCUCUGCGAAGAACAGGGAUUGGUUCAAGAGACCGCUUUCCUGUAUGAGAGAAUGGGCAAUCACAGGAAAGCAUUGACGUUGAUAGUGACCGAAUUGGAAGAUGUGGAGCAGGCCAUAACCUUCUGUAAAGAACAGGCUCGAGACGACCUGUGGCAAAUCCUCAUUGAUCUCUGUGUUUCGAGACCUCAGCUCCUCAACGUCCUCCUGAACCAUAUCGGCAAUUACAUCGAUCCAACAAUGCUCAUCAGAGCCAUACCGAAGGGCCUUGAGAUCCCGGAUUUGAGAGAUUCGUUGGUCAGAAUCAUCCAUGACUUCAAGCUCCAAAUCGCUCUUCGAGAGAGCUGCCAGAAGAUCAUUCUCAGCAACCACCGCUCUUUGUUCGAACGACACUUCAAUUUGCGGCGGAAACCGAUUCAUGUUCCCGCAGACUCAUUGUGUGAAAGUUGUAAUCGGCCAAUCGUUCAGAGAGACGCCACUCGGAUGAUGAACGUGAUUGCCUUCGCUUGCGAGCACAACUACCAUGAUGCAUGUGUGGAGAAAACCGACGAUUUGAAGUGCCGAAUAUGCUUCAACAAAACCAAAUCAAACUUCUUCGAAUACUACAAUGCUUGAUGCAGCGGAAGACAUGUACGUCAUUGAUGGUCCUCUGAUGUCUCGAUCGGCUGAGGCUGCGAGCAUAGGUUUCCUGGAGCGUGAUCGAGCGAAGCUCUCCAUCGGGAGCAUGCGACACUAUUGGCAUUUCGCCGAUCUGUACAGCCCUUGAAUGAAUAGACGAUUAUCUCAAGGGGAUCGUCCGCGGAGUGAUUGGGAGGAGUGGAAUGCUUCCAGGGAAUGUCGCCUAAAUUGUGUACAAUUCUAAAAUUAGGGUAAAGAACAUUUUUUGGGGUGAUGAGCGGUGCUGUUGUUGGUACAUUCUCUCGUGAGAGGAAGUUCACGAUUUCAUAUGAUUAGUUUCGAAUAAAAAACCUUGUUGAUUUUCCAGACCUUCGCAAAGAUUUGAUGCUGCGCACAAAUUAGGCGAAAUAUGAUAAGCUCAGAGUAUAAACAUAGAACUUUAAUAAAUAACAUGGUAUGUACAAC